AUGGAAAAUAAAAAAAUUGCAAUGGCAACAAUUAACGAUAUCGAAACGGACAAAAAUGUAGACGCGCUAAGCAUGAUUACAAAAAUCGAUUUGAAAUUAACGAAUGGGAAAAAUGGAAAUUCCACAAAAAUAAGAAACAUAGACUUUGAGGACUCACUAAGAAUGAAUGACGAAGAAAUAAAAGUCAAAGAAGCUGUUUUCAUCCUGCACAACAUGGAAAACUUCAAUUAUUCAAUUAGUUACACGGAAGUUCAGGACAUAAGAAAUGAUUUAAGACUGUUUGCCAUUAACAACUAUCAUGAAAAGAAGUACACAGAUUGUUUGAUACAAUCUAUUCACUCAUACAUGAUAGCAAAAAAAUAUUAUUCCAAAUACUUUGGCUUCUACAUCACGGGAGACAUGAGCACAGAGUUAAUUUUAAUUUGCAAGUGCUAUGCAUUAGUGGAAAAAUUUUCCGAAGGAAAAAAAUAUUUACAUGAAUUAAAAUUCCUAAUUGAUAAUACUCUCUUUUACAUACACAAAAAGGGGGUUCUUGAUGACGAGCAACAGAAGAAGGUGGAACAGGUCAACAGUGCCAGCAGGGCCAAAAAUUUAGAUUCCAACUAUCAAGAACCAGUUAUUCUCUGUGGAACGGAGGUUUUGUCAAACAUACUCUACAUUGUUGCAGAUCUAUUAAGUUUAUAUAAACAAAAUGAGGAAGCAGAAAGCUAUUACUUGAAAUACCUCCUUCUGAUAGAAAAAUGUUUCAAGGCGGAUAGUCUAAAUUAUAGCGAUGCUCUAAAUGAUGUUUGCUCCUACUAUAUAAAAAUUAGGGACUACUCCAAAGCUUUACCCCUUUGUGAACAGAUUCUCGAAAUAAGAAAAAAAUUCUUUGGUGAUUACAAUUCCGAAAAUCCAAAUGAAGUAAUUGCUGACUGUUACUGUAACUGGGGGCUACUGCUUCGAUUAUCAGGAAACGCCGUGGAAUCCCUACACAAGUAUCUAAUCGCAGUUGAUAUGAGAAUGAGGAUCCAUAAAACAAGACAAACUAUCCAAGUGCAGGACAUUCUACUUUCCUUCGCCAUUAUCAUGCAACAACUAAACAACUUCAGGAUGUCCCUACAGCUGUACAAGGAGGUUUAUUCAUUUUACAAAAGUUACUACGGCCCAGAUGAUAUGAACACGAAAGUUGUUUUCAAAUUAAUUGAAGAAUUACAGAAGGAUAUUAUCAAAGAAAACACCAAGGGUGAAAAAAAGGUAUCAUUCCCCCAUGUGGAAAAUUGCUUAGCAAGUAUGAAUGACAAACUCAGGGGAGACAAUGAAAUGGAAAAAAAGUGGAAGGGUUUUAACAGCAAAUUGCAGAAUAUGUCCAAAGUGUCAUGCCUGGCCCCCAACCUGAUUGAGGAUCUAAUGAAUGAACGAGUGAUAAUCAACACGAGAAACAUGCCCUCUAAAAAUUUCAGUAAUAAAAAAACGUUUAUAUCAAUGGAAGGAAAAUUAAAAUAUAAUGAUUUAAACUACUCUAGUAUUGAUGCAUAUAAACACAUGCAAUCAAAUAAACAAUUCGAAAUUUUUAAAAGCUCGUUUUUUACUAUUUCCUCCAUUAACAGAAUUAAGUCGUUAUAUGCGGACUCAUGGGAGAGUACCCUAAUUCCGUCUACUUAUAUAUUACCCUUUGUUGAAACCAAGUUAGUUGACAACAAUUUGAUGAAAUAUGCCCAGUGCAAGGAUUUUCAAAAUGCCAUUAUUAACAAGAGGAAAAUUCUACCCAUAGUUAAUAUACCCCUAAUAGAAAGAGGAUACGUGAAACUGGAAAACGAUCAACCGAUUAUGAUUUGCAACGAUGACGCUAAAGUUCUGCUUAGCGAAUGGAACAUUAAAGAACCAUUUGUAGAUUCCAAGGGAAAAAUAAUUAACAAAUAUGAACAUCUAGACAACGAAUUUAAUAUGUUCAUAUCCAUUUUAGAUGAAAAUAAUGAAGUUAUGCUUGGUUUUUACAACAACCCUUUGCUUGUGCCAAACCCUGCCAUAUAUCACUGCCUCAUUUUGGGAGACCCAUACUAUUUUCACAGAUACAAUCAGGCUAACAAUUUGUACUCCUUCGACAAUUUAGACAUGUUAAAUAAGAAACUUCUCAACAAGAAAUUCUUUCGACCCGAUAAGACAAACGGUUUAAACUUGAAUGCAAGUAAUAACAAUUUAGAUUAUUCUACGAAAUAUGGGGAGAACAAAAUUGGAAGCAUGAAACCAUUCGGAUUCAGGGCCAAAAAUGGCUCUUUCCAAAUUACGCCGAAAAAAAUCAGGGGAAGGAAAAGUAGCACAAAUGGUGAUGCGGCGAGUAGACAGGGGGACGCUACGCCGGAUGAAACGCGGGACAGAAGCAAGUCCAAGCAUCUCGUGAAAGGGAAAAAAGUAGAAAACGGCGGAGAAAAGAGCGAAGUAAAAAAGGACUAUAGAAGGGAUGGUCAAAAGGGUGACAAAGAGGAUGAUGACCAUAAGGAUAACGAGGACAUCUACGUAGGGAGCGACAAAAAGGAAUCAAAGAAGGAAUCAGGCAGAGAAUCGCGCCGGGAAACCAUGAAGCAGACCCAGGACCAGUCAAGGAGCAGUGGCAGAAGCGAAGUGGAUGAACUGAACAAGCUGAUGAAGAAAAUGAUGUCUAAAGAGGAAAGACAAGUAACAAAAACGUCUAACAUCUUUGGUGAUCCUAAACCUGAACCAAAAAAAAUAGUGCCAAUUAAGAAAGUGCACAUUCUAAAGGGCAAAAAUAAUCAUUCCUCCGGACUAUUUUCAAAAGAAAAAUAUUCAUUAAAGAGUACCGGCAAAUUCAGCAAAUUGUUUCCGAAGGCUAGAGAAAAAAUAAAGUUAAUUGGCUAUAGCAAUUCGAACCAACACGAUAAAUUAGAAAAAACGUUAAGAAAAAUUCGAUUAAAUAAGGAACCCAUCCUCAAGGCAUCGAUUGAUCAUAAUAUCAGAAUGGAUCUUCAAGGUAACAUGAACAACAUGGAACGACCCGACAUAGACAAUUUGAAGAGAGAAAUAUAUUAUGAAAAUACACACUCCAGUAGUCACACCAAUUCGGAUGAUUCUUCCUCAGGCAAUGACAGCGGAAGGCUGUUUAGCUAUAAGGAAUAUCAUAAGUACAAAAGAAAGGAGGAAAAAUCGUCAACCAAGCUUUCUAAAGGAAGUACUAGUAUUGGUGAAGAGAGCAACUCUCUUAACGAAAGUGACGAUAAUGUGGAAAGUUUCAGUGACUUCACCGAAGGUAGUAGUAACCAAGGCGCCAGCCAUAGAAAGGGGAGUCAUUACGGUAAGACAUUUUACACGAAGGACAGGAGAAAUGAUGAAGACGAAGACAUUAUCGAUAUAGGUAAAAUUCUUGAUGUUAACCAGUCGUAUGAAAGGUCAAGCCAGUACUCUAAUGCGAAUUCGUUAACAAGUAAAAAAGGGAGUCAGGAAGGAAGCACAUCAAGUUAUGGCAUCAACCAUAGGAAUAAUCGAGCGGGACAACGAAGCGACACAAAUAAGAGCCCCUUAAUUUCUGAGAAGAACAACGUUAGUGAAAUGUUCUCCUCUAACGGUAGCGGCAAAUCGAAUGGACACACGAUAUACGAGAAGGAUUGUAAAAAAGAAAGUGCCGAUUUGACGGACGAUCCAACCGGAGGACCGAACAUACUCAGUAAAAGGAGCGCAUUCUACAUCAAUGACAAAAUAAACGAGAUAAAAAACGUAAACAAGAGUGACAUUCUGUUUAAAUUUAGAUUAAAUCACGAAGGUUCAUUAAGUAACAAAAAUGUAUUUUCCGAUAGCGACAUAAGCGAGAGCGAACUGUAUGCAAAUCCGUUUGGAAGUGCACAGGCCAGCGCUACCAAGUGGCAAUCCAAUGGCAGUGAAACUACGGAAGAUGGACACUCUUGGGAGUAUUCAUCUUUCCAUAAGGAAAACAGACAAGUAGGAAGCUCACCAAACGAUGAAGAUAAUAAAAUAAACACCCUCUCUGUGCAGGGAAAUUUAUUUGCCAAUAAUAAGAACAAAGGAUUCCUUAAAGAUAACGAACAUACUGGGGUGAACAAAACAGCAGAAGAAAUUGUCCUCAGUGAGAAUGAAGAAUUUUACGAGGAAAUAAUUUUCAAAGAGGAAAAGAUAGAUGCAGAGGAUGCAGAAGAUACAGAAAUUGCAGAUAGGUCUGAAACUGAAAAGAGUGAUCAUAUGAAAUACAAGAAUGGUGAAGAGCAUUCAAAUGUGGGUUAUCAAAACGGAUACUUUAAUAAAAUGUAUCAGGAUAGCCAACCAUACCAGCAAGAUGAAGAAACGUCCUCAGACACGCAAAAGAACGAAAUAGCUGGUAUGGAUAAAGAAAGCUUCACAGAUAAUUUAUACUUGAGGAGUAACUCCAUAGAAGAACUAGAUUCCAAUUUGAUUACCCACAAGUACAGAAGCAAUAAUACAGAAAAGGAACCUUCAAAGGAGGAGUCUUUGAACGAAAGGAAUAACAUCCCAACUGAUUUGUUAAAUCACGAAAUGGAUAACACACCCAGAACCAAGUCGUACAAAAAAAGUAAAGGGAAAAAAUUAUUAUCAAAUAAAAAACACCUGUCUGAGAACGAAGCAGACAUAUCGUUAAGCAAUUGCCCUGAUGCGUAUUCAAGGAAAAAUGACAGUGGAAAUAUAGUGUGUUACCGCCCCCAUGAUGAUAAGAAGCACACUAAAAGGGAAAAUACGAAUCACAACCAUGUCAUAGGAACAGAAUUAUGCGCCAGUUUAUCCAAUAGCACUCUACAUACCGUACGCGCCGUGCAUAGUGAUAAUAACGUCACCGAAGAAUGUGAUAUAAAUUAUGAUUACUCAUUUUAUUCAAACGUAGGAAGCCAUCAUAAUAGCAAUAUGAUGAAGGCAAAAGAAGAAAAAAAAAAAAAAACGGCAAACUUCCUACACCCCAAUAAAAGAACAAAAUUUUCUAAACUGUUUUCUUUUUUCUCUAAAAAGAAGAAAAAAAAGGAACUCGCAAAAUCGAAUACGUCCAGUGGUGAACCCUACCCCAGCAAACAUUCCACUCUGAAUGAAGAAGAUAAGGAAACGUUUUUCCCAAGGAAUCCCUUCAGUGAUAUAUCAAUAGACAAAACAAACGAGAUGGAUGUAAGUCUAAUAAAUAAUGCCAAACUAAGGAGCGGAAAAAAAAAACGCCUUUUUGUGUCAGAACCGCUACACGGAAUGGACAAACCGAAGCUCGGUAUCAAAUCGAAAGGAUUGGGGUUAAAAAAAAUGUUGAUGAUGAAAAAGGGGAUUUUUAGCAAGAAAAGUGCAAUUGAGAAGAAGGAAUCGCUGUCUAAGAAUAAUGAAGGGAGCGCGUUGGAAGAAAAGGGGAAAGCACCCCUUGUUAAGGAGUUAACCAAAGAAGAUCCAGGCAGUGGUGAACCGGGUAAUGCGGGUGAUGCGAACGAUGCGUCGGAAACGUCCAAAUUGUCUGGAGCCUCCAAAGCGCCUGAACCUUCUGGCGAACCAAACACUAAGGACCAAGCGAGCGAAGAAGCGAACGUCACAGAACCCCCCACCAAAGAAACAGAAGCCAAGGACAAAUCUGUGACGAAAAAAAACUCAAGAGAAAUGACCAGUGAUGACGAACCAAACGAAAAAAAAAAUAAAACGUCAGAAAAGGUGGAAAAUACAUUCCCGAAGAAAAUGACCCCACUAAGUGUUUCCAAAAAAUUAAUGGUAAAAAAAAUAGUGCCCGAAAAUAUGGAAAAUAAAGCAAUUAUUAUAAAAGACAAAAGUACCAUCAAAGAAAGCGUGGAUGAUAAAUAUGAAGUAAGAACAGUGAAAAACAUAAAUGACAAACUACCAUUCGAUGUUUUGAGAAAAGUAAAAUAUUGCAAGAUUGGAUUUGAACCAGACGAGACAUUGGGCACCCUCCCCACAGUUCAUUUACUAAAUGAAGAUAAAAUUCUUCUAGCUAUCGUCCCCUGGCAACUGGACCUAACUUCCUUUUCGUUGGCAAAAUCAUCAGUCGAAGAAGAAACGAUCAAAAAAAUAGGAUUAAUGCAUAGAGAAUUCGACUUAUCCAUUGAAGAAAGGAAAAAUCAAGUACAAAAUGAGAAUCGCCUCUUAACAGGAGAAGGGUUAAAGGAACUCGGUCUCACCUCCACACCUAGUAAAGCGGCGGUUCCUAGCAUAAACCUCCUUGAGGGAAUAGAUAUGAAUGCGCUAAAAAAUGCCUACAAAAUAGAGAAAAAGAGUGAACCAAAGGAAAGGACAUCCGCGCCGAAAAAAGAAGCACCAAAAAUGGCGACGAAAGGAAAAGGAGGACCCAAAUUUAUGAAGGGACCCCCGAAAGGAUUGAAAGGAGGACCUGUUAUAGGAAAGGGUAAAAUAUCCAAAAUGAAGCAAGCAAAGGAUGAAGGAAAAACCAAGAGAUUCUUCUGGGAAGCCCUAUUCGAAGAUGACAUUCCAGGAACGUUAUUUGAAGACAAAAAGGAAUUAAUAUCCAAGAUAGCCAUAGAAAAAGAAAGUGUAGAGAAAUCAUUUGCCAAAGCUGUUAGUAAAACGGAAGUAGGAGAACUCAAAAUUAAAAAACCAAAAGUUAUUCAACUAUUGCCUGAUUCGAAGAGAGAAUACAAUAUGUCCAUUGCCCUAUCCAAAUUUAAUAAUUACACAUUCAAAGAAAUAAGGGAUGCUAUCAUGGAUCUAAAUCCAAAAAUACUUACCAUUGACAACACAGAAGUUUUAAUGCAGUACGUACCCACAGCAGAAGAAUUCGAAAUUGUUAAGGAGUACAUACUCUCAAAUGGUGACUUGAACUUAGUGGACAAGCCAGAACAGUAUGUUGCCGCACUUAUGGGAGUGCCCCUACUAAAGCAGAGAUUGGAGUCCCAUUAUUUCGCUCUAUCAUUUAAAGAAAAUUACGAAAAUACUUUAACUCCGCUGGAAAAUAUCCUAGAAUCAUGCGAAGCGGUAAAAAAUUCGACAAAACUUUUCACCAUUUUGUUUACCAUAUUAAAUGUUGGUAACACAUUAAACUAUGGAGAUCCUCAAAGGGGAAAUGCCUUUGGUUUUAAACUAACAACGUUGCCUAAACUAAAUGAUAUACGAUCAACUACCAAGCCGGUUAAAACGCUUCUUCAAUAUAUUUGUGAAAUUAUCUAUCAAAAGAGUGCAGACACUUUAGAAAUUAUAGAAGAGUUCAGAUCCAUCGAAAAAGUCACCAGAACGGACAAACAGAUAAUCGAUUCUCUUUUGCAGAAACUAAAAUUGGGAUCUACUAAAAUUAAAAACGUGUUAGAUCUAGCUAAAAAGAAUCCAGAUGAUCCAUUAUAUGAAGCACUCAAAGAAUUUUAUUUUAGUGUAGAACCAAAAAUUGAAGAAUUAGAUACUUUUUACAAUCAAACCUUUGAUGUGUUCAAAGAAAUUGCUCUCUACUUAGGGUAUAAAGAAAAAGAAGUUGUCAACAUACAAGUACAAGAUUUUUUUAAAGAAUUGUGGAAAUUUAUCCAGUCAAUUGAAUUUAACAGAAAAACAAUUAACGAGACAACUCUCAAGGAGCUCAAGAAAAAAGAAAAAGAACUGGAAAAUGUCAAGAAGGGAGCCGUCCUCAGUAAAAAACAAAAUUUCACCAUCGUUAAGAAGCAAGAGAAGGAGACAAAGACGCAGCAGGAAAAAAAAACCUUCAAGAUAUUUUAA